AUGUGGGUGCGAGCGGCGCGCGCGAUACGGGCGCUGCGCAGGGCCGCGCUGCUGCUGCCGCUGGCACUGACAGCGCUGGUGCUGCUGCUGCUGCCGCGCCCGCCCUCGCUCGACCCUGCGCCGCGCAGCCCCUCCCCGCCCGUACCUCCACCUGCCCUCGACGCCAACAUUGAGAACUCGAUCACGGAGUCGGAGUUCGCAGCAGUUCAAGAUGACGGGACGGUUCAGGUGCCCUGGUUCAUGCGCGGAGGAGACAAACGGCCCACGCAGCACGAACCUAACGCUGCACUGUUCCCAGAAGAUGCACCUGGACAAGACAGAGUCGUAAACCAAUUAAUGUAUACGCUACCAAAAGACGAAGAUGUGCCUAUAAAGAAAAUUCUACUUGCAAACGGGUUCGGAGCAUGGGGUGUGUCAGGUGGCAGAACAGAGUUCAUUCGGAACAAAUGCCCAGUAGACCGCUGCACGCUCUCCUCAGACGCACGAGAUGCCGCCACUGCUGAUGCCAUUCUAUACAAAGACCACCACACACCUUUCAACGUAAAACGUUCACCUAAACAGAUCUGGAUCCUAUAUUAUUUGGAGUGUCCUUACCACACGGCAUCAUUACGGCCGACAUCGGUGGACGUGUUCAACUGGACGUCUACCUACCGACGGGACUCCGACAUCGUCGCACCCUACGAACACUGGGUCUACUACGAUCCCCUCAUCAUCGAAAAAGAUCUUGACAGAAACUUUGCUGCUAAUAAAACUAAAAAGGUGGCGUGGUUCGUAUCGAACUGUCACGCUCGUAACCGGCGGCUACAAUACGCGCGUCAGCUCAGCAAAUACAUCCAGGUGGAUAUCUACGGGGCUUGUGGAGCACACCACUGUCCUCGUACUGACCCCAACUGCCUCGAAAUGUUGGAUAAGGACUACAAGUUCUACCUCGCAUUCGAGAACUCAAACUGUCGUGAUUACGUCACUGAGAAAUUCUUUGUCAAUGGACUGCAACACAACGUACUGCCUAUAGUGAUGGGUGCUCGCGCAUCAGAGUAUGCAGCCUUAGCGCCCCACAACUCGUACGUCCAUGUGGAGGAGUUCGCUAGCCCUGAAGAACUCGCUGCCUAUCUGAGGCGUCUUGACGAAGACGAUAAUUUAUACAAUUCCUAUUUCAAGUGGAAAGGUACGGGAGAGUUCAUAAACACGUACUUCUUCUGUCGCGUGUGCGCCAUGGUACACGCGAACGAGCGGCGGCAGCGCAGUGCGCACUACUCGGACGUGCAGGCGUGGUGGCGCGACGGCGCCUGCACCCGCGCCGAGUGGCGCGCCGCCGGCGCCGCCAGCUCCGCACAACGCGACACCCGUGACAACGGCUAG